AUGGAAAUCAAAACAAGCGCUACAAAAUGGCAAUAUUAAAUAAAUAAUCAGAUAAUCAGCUGCUUCAAAUCUAUAAACAAAACAAAUCAAAAAGAAAUUAAUUAUGAUUUUGAGAGUAAUUUAAUCUUGGAGUUGACUCUCUUUUUAAUGAUUUCUAUAAAAUUCUUACUAAAAUUAUCUUUAUCCUCUUAGAAGUAAGUUGAAAAAAAUAAAUAAUAAAAGAAAAUUGAUAAAGCAAACCAGGGCAUUUUGCUUGCUUUAAGAAUAGUCUAAGCAUAGGAUUGCUCAUUUCUACUCUCAAAAACUUAACCAACUACUGCACCUUUGGGCUACGAGUGCAUAAUGAGCUCAUCUACAACGUUCGAUGAUAGUUACGUUUAAGAUAAAUAAACAUAUAAUUUAACCUCAUUUGAUUCAAACAACAAUUUCAGCGAUGUGCAUGCUUAUGUAAGAUAACCUCAAUGUGCAAAUCUUAUUGAACUACAAUAUCUAUAAUAUAAAGGCAUAAAUUUAGAUAUUGAUAGAGAUAGCAAGGCUUAAUAUAUAAAAAAUAUAUACAUAAGCUAUGAUUUAUAUAGCAACAAAUUGAUUAAUUAGUUUCAAAUUAUUUCAAGUUGGUAAAAAAAUGUCUAAUAUGUUAAGCUUUAUAAAUCUAAAGACUUGUUCCCCAUAUAAUUUGAUACUUGUGGGUCAUGCAAAACGAGUCUAUUUCAGAAUAUUGAUAUGACUACCAAUCCAAUCAAAUUUAGUUCAGCUUCAAUUAGUUUUAAUGUCUUAGAUUCAAACAAUGACUAACAAAUUACAUAAUUAUCAAAUUUGUAGGUUCUCUUUUACUAUGAAUGUCCAAUUGGCUGCAAGGGUGAUUGCCCUUCAGGGAAUUGCUAAGAUUGUUAAAGCGGCUACAAUCUUAACAAAGGAAAAUGUGUAUUAUAAUGCGCUUAAAGCUAAUACAUAUAUUAAGAUUAAUCUUCAAAAUAAUCUUGCUUACCCUGCAUUUCUAAUUGCAAUUAAUGCGCUGAUGGGAAUACUUGUAUAACUUGUGCUGAUAAUUUUACUUACGCUUUCGUUAAUGGCUAAAAUAGGUGCUAUUCAUCGUGUAUCUAAUCUAACUAUAAUAUUGAUACAACAGGUAAUUGCUAAAUUUGUAUGUAAAAUUGCAGCAAAUGCUCCUAAGCAAAUACAUGUGAUAUUUGUUUAUCAGGAUUCUACCUCGCUAUUGAUUAUCCAAAUAAGUCAUAAUUUUAAUGUAUUUAAAUAUGCCCAAAUAAUUAUUAACUAAUUAAUAAUACUUGCAAAUAAUGUGUUUAGACUAUUUACAACAGUUGUUUUAAUUGCCCUAGUACUUGUAGAUCUUGCUCUCCAUCUUAGAUCAACAAGUGUUAAGAUUGUUAUCCUGGAAUGCAGCUUAAUAGCAAUGGUUUAUGUUAGCCUUAGACCUAACCAGGACUAUAAGUAGAUAGUAGAAAUCUCAACUUUUAUUAUUGUAGCUAUAAUAAUGUAGCAGUUGUUUAGGCUACUUUUUCAAACUCAAGUCCAGUAUUAACUCUAGAAUUCGGUAUAAAUUUAGUUACUAUACCUGGAUUUAAUUGCAAUUAAAUAUUUGACUCUGUUACGCUAAAUUUGCUAGGCUCUAGUACUUGCUCUAUCAAUUCAUCAUAAAUAAUUGUGUCAUUAAGUUAAGAUGCUAAUUUGAUGGUUAACUAAACAAUAAGUAUUACUACCACUAGUUAGGUACUUUAAUUCUAAGGAGCUAGCUAAAAAAUUGAUACAAUUUAUCUAAUUUCUUAAGUUUAGCAACCAGUUACUCCUUAAGUGAAUAUUCUAUAUAAUUAGAUUGUAAAUUCUUGUGAAGAUAUCAGUUUCUAAAUUUAAACGCCAUAAAAUGAUGCUGGAAGAGGUUUCUUAAAUUUAUAAUGGAAAUUAUCUAAUCCAUAUACUUUCAAUUAAGAAACUAUUUAGAAUUUAAAUGGUAUUAUAAAUAGCGCAAAUACUCUUCAAAGUUUAACUUUGUUUAUUCCAAAAUACACUCUUCCAGUAAAUACAAGUAUAAUUAUUUAGCUCACCUACACUCUUAAAGUCUAUUAAAGCAACACCUUAUCUUUUUCGACCAAAAAUUAAUUAAAAAAGCAAAUUAUUAUAAACCAGAUUUAAAAUACAUAUCCUCCAAUAUUUAGGUAUAUGGACUUGUAAAUCACAUAUUUUUUUACUAGUUUAUAAUGUGAUUAGUAAGGGAUUCACUAUCUAUAAGAUUUCUAUGAUAUCUAAAUCACUUCAACUGCUUUGCCUUCUAUUAAUAAAAGUUUAACUUAAUUCAAUGAUCAAUAAAUACAGUUAGACAUACAGCCUUUUUUUAUUCCUGUUAGUACAAAUUUAGAUAUUUAGUUUAACGUGCAAAUUAGUAGUGAUGCACAAAUUAGCAAUACAAAUACGUUAUCUAUUCCUUAUACGCUAUCAAAUAUUUAGAUUCUGAUCUAAAAUGGAGAUGAUAUGCUUGUUAAUUAUAAAAAAAAUCUUACUCUUAUUGGGUUCGCACGAGAUUACGAAAUUCAAGAUCCUAACUCUCCACAAGGAAUACAAAUAAGUUGGUAAUGCAAAUCUUUGUAAGCAUAAAAUGGUGAUGACUAAUGUUACACUUAUAAAAAGAUUGUUUAUGUACCAUAAAAUACUUAGAAUAUUACAAUAGAUGGUGGUACUUUUAACCCUUAUUAAACACUCAGUUUCACUAUUUAAGGAUCGAAAGGAUCUAGAACUUCAUAGUAUAGCUCUUUACUUAUUCUCACAGAGAUAGAUCUUCCUUCUCUCUUAGUUUUAUUUGAUGACCCAAAAUAAAUAUAAAAAAUUAAUAUAAACGAAGAUAUUUCUGCAACUCUUGUUUAUGGCUCAAAUGUACCUUCGGAUAUUCUUACUUAUGCUGGAGCGGUUCUCUACAAUAACAAUGUUGUAGGAGUAAUUAAAUUUGAUUACUAUAAAGUUAAAUUUAGAAUUUGGGAUUAUUUUUCGGACAUAAAAGCAGAUAAUCUAAUUGUUCAAGUCAGAUUUACUGUAUAUAAUCCUGCCAAUAUUAUGCCUAGUUUAAGUGUUACCAACUUUAAUAUAAACUUGCCUCCUUAAAAUUGUGUUCUUUCUGUUACCCCUUCAAGUGGUUAGGCUUUAACGACCUUAUUCACCAUUCAAUUUAAUGGUUGUACAGCCAUUAACAAUCCUUUAACUUACUAAUUCUUCUAUUAUAAUCAGACCUCUGAUUUAUAAUAAGAAAUCUAAAUCCCUUAAAAUAUCCUAAGAAGAUAAUUAAAAGAUCAGAAUUUAGAAUCCAAAGUUAUUACCAAUCUCCCUUCUGGUAAUAUAUUAAUUAUGGGUCAAGCUAUGGAUUCUUACUUAGCUGUCUUUAAUACUACCAUAUAAGUUAAUGUUACUCCAUUCUAGGAAAGUGAGUAGACUUUAUUGAGUUUAUUAGAUUCAGUUCUUUAAUAGCAAAGUACAGCAGUUAAUUAAAUAAUCACCAAUUUAUGCGUUUUUGGUGAAGAAAUAGCAAAGAACACUCCUCUAUUCAAUCUAGAUUCAGUUAACAUAAAAAAAUCCCAAUUAGUUUAGGCUAUUAUAAACUAAUCAAAUAUGCUUUGGGGUAAUUCUUUUUUGUCUACUUAUGCAAAUAAAAUAGUAGCAGUUCUUCAAAGCUCCAUAACCACUAAAUAUUAAACAUAAAGUUAGAGCGUUCUUAAUUAAAUUAGCACAAUUUUGCAAAACUCACAAAAAAAAAUUGCAAAUUAAGACAAAAAUAAUAAAUUAUUUAAUAAUAAUGAUAUUAUUCUUUAGAAUUUGGUAGAUUGUUUUAAAAUAUUGAACUCUACUACCCAAAGCACAUCAUAAAUGCUUUAGUAGCUUAGUAAUAAUAAUGGUAAAAGACAUUUAAAAUUAUAAGAAGAUUAUUUAAAUACUAUAGACAAUUUAAGAGCCCUUUUUUCUGCUUCAUCAUAAAUUUUGUUGCAACAACAAAUGGAUUUAUCAGACUAAAUAGGAAAUCUACUAAACAACAUUACCCUUCCCAACUAAGGAGAGCUUCAAUUACAGGGAAAUUUAAUCUCUAUAAGCACAGAGUAAAUAACAUCUAAGAAUCUUUAAAAAUACAUGUUCAUUUAAACUUAGAAUUAAUAAUAAAAUGAUUCAAAUAUUUAUAAUGUUGUCAUGACAAGUUAUUCUUCGAAUCCUUUUAUUCAAACUAAUGGCUUUUAGUAAUAUUUAACUUAACUUUAAAACACGACUCCUGGUAUAUAAGUUUCUAUAAAUCCUGUGGUAAAACCAUAUAUAUAAAAUUUAAAUAACGCCUCAAGCUUAGGGCUUAAUAAUUCCUUUACUCUUUAAUUUUAGAAUAUAAAACCAUCAAAAUAUAAUUUAACUUGCUUGUAGCAAUAAUCUUAAUCAGACUGGACUCAAUAAGACUGUAAAUUGAUUGAAUCUAGCCAAACUGGCUUAUACACUUGUGUUUGUAAAAAUCAAAAACCCACAACUAUUACAGAAGAUUUAUAAGAUCUUCUUGAUAAUAAAAAUUUAAAAACUGCAUUUGGCUCAUAAGGAAUAUAAAAUAUUUCUAAUUUUACUACAUUCUACGAGUAUGCUGUAUUUUGGAUUCUUUGUUCAGUUACAUUAAUCUAAAUAGGACUCUGUAUUUAUGGUUACAAUCUAGAUUCUAAGAAAACUGCAUUUAUAGGAUCUAUAGCAUAAGUCAAUCCAAUAUCUUUGGCAAAUUUUGAUAACUUUGAAUAAAAAAUUACAGAUGAAUAAUAUCAAAAACAGAUACAUUAAUAAAAAUGUGAAUUCGAUCAAUUAUAAUAAAAGGAAUCAACUGUUUUUAUAAGUUACUCCCCAUAAAAAUAAUAAUCUUAUAGAGCUACUCAAUCAAAUAUAAACCUAAUAAGACCUGAAGAUGACUAAUAAGGAUAAGAAAACAAAAAUAUUAAUUAAAAAGCUUAACAUUAGAAAUAUUUAUCUGAUAACCAAAAUUUAAAAGAUAACAAAUAGAAAUAAAAAUAAUAAUCAUUAAGAAUAACUCAAUCAGAUAUAAACUUAAAAAGACCUGAUGAUGAUUAACAAGGAAGUAAAUUUAUUAUUUUAGAAAAAGAAAACCAAAAUAAUAAUUAAACUUAACAUUUGUAAUCUUUAUCAGAUAAUCAAAGCAUUUAAAAUAUAAAAAUUGGAUUUAUAGAACAAAAUUAUUGA